UUAAAUUGCCUAUCCUUCGCCGGAAGGGUUUCCAUGUUACUCCAGUGUCUACUUUGGCUGUGCUGUCCACUUCUUUGUAGGAAAGUAAAAUCAGUUUAAAGUGUGCUUCUCUACCUCAGCUGCUACGACAUGGCGGGAAACUUCUGGCAAAGUUCUCAUUAUCUGCAGUGGGUUCUGGACAAGCAGGACCUGAUGAAAGAGCGCCAGAAGGAUCUGAAAUUUCUUUCAGAAGAGGAGUACUGGAAGCUGCAGAUUUUCUUUGCGAAUGUGAUCCAGGCUCUGGGAGAACACCUGAAGCUGCGACAGCAGGUCAUUGCAACUGCAACUGUCUACUUCAAACGCUUCUAUGCCAGGUAUUCCCUGAAAAGUAUAGAUCCGGUGCUCAUGGCUCCAACCUGUGUUUUCCUGGCUUCUAAAGUUGAGGAAUUUGGAGUUGUGUCCAAUACCAGGCUGAUCUCUGCAGCAACAUCUGUGUUGAAAACAAGAUUUUCCUAUGCCUUUCCAAAGGAGUUCCCUUACAGAAUGAAUCAUAUAUUAGAAUGUGAAUUUUACCUUCUGGAGUUGAUGGACUGCUGUCUGAUUGUGUACCACCCCUACAGACCACUGUUGCAGUAUGUGCAGGAUAUGGGGCAGGAGGACAUGCUGCUGCCCUUGGCCUGGCGAAUAGUGAAUGACACAUACAGGACAGAUCUGUGUCUCCUCUACCCUCCCUUCAUGAUUGCCUUGGCCUGCCUGCAUGUCGCCUGCGUGGUGCAGCAGAAGGAUGCCAGGCAGUGGUUUGCUGAGCUCUCUGUUGACAUGGACAAAAUCCUGGAGAUUAUCCGCGUCAUUCUGAAGCUGUACGACCAGUGGAAAAACUUUGAUGACAGGAAGGAGAUAGCUGCCGUGCUAAACAAGAUGCCUAAGCCCAAACCUCCUCCUAACAGUGAGAGUGACCAGAGCUCCAAUGGGAACCAAAGCAACUCCUACAGCCAGUCUUAGCGUGCACAGCGUUUAUAUUUCCAUGGAUAUCGAUAAUGUUGAUGUAGAGAGGGGUGGAUCUUUUUUUUUUUAAAAUGUCAAACCGCAAGACCUACGAGGUGUCAGCUGGCAAAAUCACAUUUCAGCCGACUGAGAUACAGACACCCCCAACAAAUUCUUGAGAGCCAUGUCUUCACUUUUCCCCCAUCUCUGAUCACUAUGGGUUUAUGGAUUGAGCGAGCAGCCACUGAAAUGCCUGCAGCAAAGAGCCGAUCAGUUUUGUCGUCUCAAUGAGGCUUCUACUCUGCUCCAGACUUCGAAUGAACAAAAACUGAGAAACAUUUGGCAGGAGAUCAGAUGUGGUGGUUCAGUAGAAACCUGUUUAAAUGUCAUUGUGAUGAUCCUGACAUCCUUGAAUAGCCCAGAGGAGAGAGUCCUUUCAUGUGGAGCUCCAUGGGAUUCGAGAAAACUUGAUCACAAGG